AAAUCAAUUAAAUAAUAUUUUAUUUAUUUAAAUAUUACAAAGUUCGAAAUACGUAUUAUUCAAAAAGAAUAAUAUUGUAGGAACUUUCCCGCCUUUCAAAUGUCACGUUAAACUCCAUGUGUAACAUAACCUCUAAAGUGGGAUAAGUUGCAGAUACCUUGUACAAAAGAGAAUUAAAUUAUUAAACAAUUAAGUUAUGACAAGGUAAAUUAAUUUAUUUGACAAUUAAAUAAAAAUGAAAACAUCGCGACAUAAAAAAGCUAGAAAAACUUUAGCCUUUUAUAUAAAUAAUUUUAAGUUUAGACAACCUUAUCAAAUACUUAUUGAUGGUACAUUUGCAUUUGCUGCACUUGAGAACAAAUUUAAUAUCCAAGAACAAUUACCAAAAUACUUUCAAGCAGAAACAAAGUUAUUGACUACGCCAUGCAUUAUUUUAGAAACAGAAAAAUUAGGUACUUUUUCCAAAGCAGUUAUAGGUGCUAUGCAAAUAAUAAAAAGAUACGCGGUUCAUCGAUGUGGACACGAGAAGAAACCGAUGACUGGUUCCAAGUGUUUAAAGUCUAUGAUAGGAAAAAAUAAUUCUUCUAGAUAUAUUAUUGCGACGCAAGAUCGUGAAUUACAAGAAGAAUUAAGGAUAAUUCCUGGCGUACCAUUGAUAUAUCUUCACGGUAAAGCACCUACUUUGGAGACACCUUCGGAAGUAAGUCAAAAAUACGCUGAAAAUAUUAGAAAUGAAUUGGGAAUGAGUACAUGGGAGAAAGAAAAUAUAAAGACGUUAAAGAAGGAGGCAGGCUUAAUAAAUGAAAUGGAACCAAAACGAAAGAAGCAUAAGAAAGGUGGUCCAAAUCCUCUUAGUUGUUUAAAAAAGAAGAAGAAGAAUGUACAAAUGGCAACAACAGCGUCUAGUGAAAAAAAGAAAUCCGGGAAAAUUAGAAAAAGGAAAAAAAUAAAAAUAGCAGCUCAUGUCAAAGAAGCACUAAUUGCUGAACUUUCAAAUAAAACACAAUCGUCAUAAUAGUAUUCGUUUCACGUUAAUAACAAUAAUGAUUGAUCAAACAUAUCUUCUUUUCUUUUUUCUUUUUUUUUUUUAUUCAUAAUACAAUAUCUCGAUUUAUUUAAUAAGAAUAAAAUAUUUGUUUAACUUUGGCUGGUUCAAGCUGGAACACAUCUAUAGUUUUGCUGUCAAUGACAUAAAAAAUGUACCUGUUAACAGUAAUUUUAAAAUACAUUAUACACACUAUU